GGUGUUCUCAUAGACGAGUAUAAAGUAUUACACAUGGCCACCACUUGACUCCCCUUCUAUUCAGUAAAUGCUACAGUUGGAACCUCACCAUGGACUAUCCACAUGACGCUCUCAGGCAGUUCGCUGAACAUGCAUCUCGUUACUCCAUUAACCUGAACGGACAGGUUAGUAGGGGUACCCGUGCUUCUCUAAAUGGAGGGAAUGCAAUAGUGCAUCAAGGUACUUUGCAACCCGAUGGAACAAGGGUGGCUAUAAAGACGCCACGCGGCGGUCCCCCAAGCGACGACUGUACGAUUGCGCGUGUCCUUAAAGAAGUACAUCUCUGCUCCAAACUCCGCCAUCCAAACGUUAUCUCUGUGCUAGGCAUCACCACUGAAUUCGAACAAACGGUGUCCAUUGUGUCUCUCUGGAUGGAGAGGGGAGAUGCACGUGAUUACGUGCAAAAUAUGGCUAUCGACCCUCGUCCUUUGAUAUUAGACAUUGCACAAGGGCUCCAAUACUUGCAUACCCGUCAAGAUGGCGCGGUAUUUCAUGGUGACUUGAAAGGCGCCAACGUUUUAAUCUCUGAUGAUGGCCGGGCCCUUCUUGCCGACUUCGGCCUUUCUUUUCUUGUUGAUUCUACGUUUAGCAUACCCCAUUCCGACAAUGCCGGAUGGAGCUUGUAUUGGACAGCUCCCGAGAUCCUUGAUGGGGGGGAAAAAUCUGCUGCAGGGGAUAUCUGGUCAUUCGGAAUGACACUCUUGGAGUUAUUUACGCGGCAAAAGCCUUUCCAUCAAUUCAACAGCUCAAAGACUGUCAUGGCCAGAAUUCUUCAUUAUAAAACACCAGAUCGCCCAAGCGAUGAAGAAACAUGUUCUCGUCUGACAGAUGAAUGGUGGGCUAUUUGCCAGGAGUGUUGGAACCCCGAACCCUCGUCACGCCCAACGAUUACACAUGUUUUAGAGGUUAUUACAAACAUACAACAACAACAGAGACUUGUGCCUACUGCGAUGUGGUGAGCCAGUGGCUUCAAUGGUCUCGCACAGGUACAAUAGUUUUCCCAUACAUACAUAAUACAACAUGCCAUGGGGGAGGCUAGAUCGGCUGGACAAUGAAGUAGUUGUUCUAUGAUAUUGCAUGUUGAUGCAGAUAGUCUGUUUCACUGUAAAAAGUAAAAUCAGUGUCCAUGACACU